ACUGGCUGCUCCCCGCCCGUCUGCUCCUCCACGAGUUCAAGUGUUGAGGGGGCGGAUAGUUUUUCUUUACUUCGCUCUUGGCCAAUAAUGUCGAGGGAGCUGUUGUGCACAUCUCAGCUGGCAGACAUUUAAAAGGGAGACAGUGCGGCGCUGGAGUAAUUUGUAUUAAACCCCCUGGCCCCUUUUCUAUGGAGCGCUCGGUCUCCCACCCAGCAGAGCACAGUCCCGCCAGUGAGGAGUCGACACGAGAGGGUGCCUAUCAUCUGUGAAGGUACCACAGACAGCAGUCCAUCACUGGAGGACAGGGACACGAACAAGAUGGCCAACUCAACUCGUGUACUUUGCAGUAUGGUUUUCAUCAUUGGCCUGAUCUCCUCUCCCGCGGUCUCAAAAAGAAACCGUGGAUCACAAGGCGCCAUCCCUCAUCCGGACAAGAACAACCCAAACGAAUCGGAGCAGCAGCCUCACCCUCCUUCUCCUGCGGGCUCAGGCACACGCCAGAGGCAAAGCUCGUCUUCUCCAGCCGACGAAGUUCUGGAGUCCAGCCAAGAGGCCCUUCACGUCACCGAGCGGCAGUAUUUGAAACGCGACUGGUGCAAGACGCAGCCCCUUAAACAGACCAUACACGAGGAGGGAUGCGUGAGUCGGACCAUCAUCAACCGCUUUUGCUAUGGACAGUGCAACUCCUUCUACAUCCCCAGACACAUCCGCAGGGAGGAGGGCGCUUUCCAGUCUUGCUCCUUUUGCAAACCUAAGCGCUUCACUACUAUGACGUUCACAUUGAACUGUCCUGACCAGCAGCCGCCAACAAAGAAGAAACGCAUUCAGCGUGUAAAGCAAUGCCGCUGCAUAUCUAUAGAUUUGGACUAGUUGUGCGACCUCCAUGCGUGCUCGCGGACAGGACAAACGUCUGAUCUCACUGGAAACCAAACGUUUCCUGUCAUUCCCCUUUGACUCUAGCCUGAGACAUUUCACUGCACGGAAACGCGAAUUGGAAUGGUUUUACGCACGGCUUUGAAUCCAAUAGAACUGCACGUCCCCGGUUUAUAUAAUGCUGUGAUACGAACACUCACUACAGGAAUAGUUUCUGUGUUGUUUAUAUAUAUAUUGUUUUAAAGGUGUUUCCACUGUGUGGAAUAAAACGGACUUGUUUUGCGCAGAAUGUAAUUUUAAUCGUACGUGAUUUCAGUGAAACCUUCCCCUCAGUAUAGUA